AACCCAAAAAGAGAAAAAUAUUAGAUCCUGGCUCUUGAACAAGUUGAAGUACCUGCACAGGUCGUCCUUUUGUCUUGCAACGACUCUUGUACUAUACUAGCAGUGGCAGUAGUGUAGAGAGUGAGAAAACUGUUGGAUUGUUUGGUUGUGACAGGCCACUGUCGACCAAGCAAUGGAGAAAAGGACGUGAGGUGAAUGAUUUGAUCAAGAAAUCUUAUUGGGCAAUGAUUUUGUGUGAGUGACCAUUUCCCCAGGCUGCAAGGUCGUGUUACUACUACUAACGUGUGGAUAUUACAUACGCCGAUCUCUAUGCACGAUGGAGUCACGAGUGCACGGUCCUUUGUUUGCGAUGAACUCGCCUCUUGUAGCAAUUCGGUCGUUGCUCGCUCUAGUAGCGCCUCUACUGCUACGUCUUAUUGUAAAUCGCGACUCGACGACGACGUUGGCUGAAACGGAUCUUGCAUGGGAUUCGUUUGGUGCGCCUUAUGACUGGACCACGUACCACAACUACACGGCAUUAGAGGACACGGUAGCUCUGCUAGUGGCGGACUAUCCGCACCUAUGCCGUAGCUACUCCAUAGGGAAAAGCGUGCAAGGCAGAGACCUUCUGGCCGUCGAGCUGAGUAGCCAUGGACUUGGCGAAGUCGACGAUGGCCGUCCACACGUGAAAUACGUCGGCAAUGUCCACGGAAACGAUGCGGUGGGACGUGAGCUGCUGCUAAGACUGGUACAGCACAUGCUGGUCAACAGCGCCAACACGUCAACUCCCAGCAUCAAACGACUGCUGAGCGAAACGCACGUGCACGUUCUGCCGUCGUUGAACCCGGACGGGUUUGAGGUCAGCACAGAGGGUGAUUGCCAGGGUGCAUCCGGCCGACAUAAUGCCAACGGGCGAGAUCUGAACCAGAACUUCCCGGAUCGUUUCAAUCACGUACCGCCAGUCGAGCCGGAAACGCAAGCAGUGAUCAAUUGGAUGAAGUCAACUCCGUUCACCCUGUCGGCCAGUUUUGGCGGCGGACAGCUUGUCGUGAAGUACCCGUACGAUAGCACGCCGUCGGGCGAGCGCGGCUACGCCAGCACUGGUGACGAUGCCGUGUUCCGAUGGCUCUCGAUGGCGUACGCACUUGCACACCCCACCAUGCACCUGGGCCAUGCAACUUGCUCGCCGCACGACAACUCCUCGUUCCCGUCGGGCAUCACGAACGGCGCUCAGUGGCUCGUCGUCAACGGCUCCAUGCAGGACUACAACUACGUGUUUGGGAACUGCUUUGAGGUGAGCGUGGAUCUGGGUUGCUGCCGCUACCCGGUGGGCGCGCAACUGCCCCUGCUUUGGGAGAGCAACAAAGGAGCACUGCUCGCGCUGCUGGCCACCGUCUUUCAGAACGCUCACGGCCGGAUGGUCUCCGCCGAAGCCGGCCGGUUGCUUAGCAACGCAAAUAUAACCGUGGUGGGCGCUAGCCCCGUGCACGCUACCGUGCCGACGGUCAAUGGCUCCUUCUGGCGCUUGCUCAACGCUGGAGACCACACGUUGAAGUUCAGCGCUGCGGGGCACGCGUCGCUCACCCGUACGUUACGGAUUGUGGAGGGUGUACCGGUAGAUCUAGGUGCCAUUACUCUGCCGGUUAUGGCCGCUACGACUACACCGCCCAGUACUACUACUGCUAGUGCAGCGACAACAAACACUCCUGCAGCAAUAACAACCACUCCCAUAGUAACAACAACCACUCCCGCAGUAACAACAACCACUCCCGCAGCGACAGCAACCACUCCCGCAGCGACAACAGCCACUCCCACAGCGACAACAACCACACCCUCAGCGACAACAACCACACCCUCAGCGACAACAACCACUCCCGCAGCAACAACAAGCACUCCCGCAGCGACAACAAAAACAACCUCACAACCCACAUCAGCCUCAUCUGUGCCUGCAUCAUCUGCUACUACAACUGCUACACGCAUACGCCCUUCUUCAUCUCACUCUACUCCUUCAGCCCCUCUGACGCAGAACAACACGGUGACAACAACUUAUCUUCCACCAAAGAGUCGAACACUCUCUGCUGGUGGAAUCGCUGGCAUCCUAGUUGCUGCAGCUGUGGUGGCUGGCUUCGUGUUCGUGGUCAUGGUCAACCUACGACGUUUCACGAUCAAGCGACGUGCCUACUCCAAGCUGGGCGGUGGCAAUCAGGUGACGAAGCAGCGCGUUAUGUACUCACAUCUGGAUAUCCCUCCCGAACAUGUCGGUCGUCUCUACUGAGUCUGAGCGUGGAUGCGCAUCUAGAGGUACAGUGCGUGUGCGUGUGCGUGUGUGUUCAGAGGUGUAUGCUUGUGUAGGUAGGUGUGUGAGGGUGUGCGUGAGUGUGUGCAUGUGCGAUGGAACAGGAUCCUUUUGCUCCUGUUUGCUUGCUGCGUGGAGUGUGAGGCCUUGUCUAACCCCAGCAGAACUACUGCCUCCAGCCUAGCCCGGGAAACACAACAGCAUCGCCAAUGCGUCCAACUGCUUCCGCAUGCAGCAGUAGCAAUUCGCUUAGGUGCAUGCUUGGCGAGGUAAUGCACUGAAGAGAAGCCACCGACUGCAAUGCCCGCACUACAGCAUAUAGCCACGCGAUAUUUGAGUGUGACAGUUUAUCAUGAAUAUAGCCAUGCCGGCAUGGGAUUCUUUGUAUAGUAGUCUUGAUAGGACAUGGUUGUCCGGGUUGAGAGUACGGUUGGAGCACGGCCAAGCUCGCUGCUGGGACCUGAAACUUAGGAUUCUCACAGGAUGGCGCCCACACGCGUAUUCCGCCGUGUUGGCGUUGCAGCCAGAGAUGCACAUAGCUAUGCCCACAGGCUGCUCAUGAUCACCGACAAUGAUGUUGCCUUCAGUCUAUGAUAGCCGGUAGCCUACUCGGCAUGCAGCCCCAGAGCUGCACUAGACGUCAACGGUUUUGAUGGCUCACCGGUGCUGUGCAUACAAUGGCACCUAUGCAUAGAACAUGGCUGCAGCCCAUUUGCGGGUCAACGUGUCCCACAUUUGACACAUGCAGCCAGUUCAGUACAUAUUUCGAUAUUCGUGAGUACACAGUUCAUGACCUUUUAUGCAGGUCUGGUAUCACAGUGUGUACGGCUGACAGAAUCAAACAGCGGGAAGAUGAUGCAUAGCUCCCAUUGGUCUGCACUCGCUGAACGCCGACGUCGGCUUACUACCACGUCAUGUAUUGUAUUCCCAUGUUACAGUACUGACGAUAGUGACUACGGGAAACUCGGAGUUGCAACACGGCUUCUCUCUCUCUCUCUCUUUCUCUCUCUCUCUCUCUCUCUCUCUCUCUCUCUCUCUCUCUCUCUCUCUCUCUCUCUCUCUCUCUCUCGUAUGUAUGACAACUAUUACUUGAUGAUGCUAUCACCCUAGGCAGCAGCAUGUUGCACAAUGUUUGCCUUGAUGGCAGUGCUGCGGCCCUGCUGCUCAUCCGGUAACGACUACAUAAUUGCAUAAUUCACUCACCGUUCUCCUAGGGUAGUAUUUAUUUUCAAACUGGAUCGUAAUUUUAUAAACUUGUCAGUCAGUGGCAGCUGAGUUGAAACUUCUCUAUAAUAAUUAUUCCCGUAGCUAUGCAAAAGACGUUACUUCAGUAACGUCUGGCGCUAGCCAGGGUCCACACAGCUUUAAUUCCGUAUUUGUUUGUUUGUGCCAUCGGCAUGCCUGGCGCUAUCCCUUACCUGUCCCGUACCGUACCGUACCAUCAAAGACAGCUGGCCACAAUAUUCAAAUAGGGCUUUCAAAUGCAAGGUCAUAACGUGAAGCAACUUGGAAGAAU